ACAAUAGCAACACUCAUUGGCAUGAUACAAAUACGACAUUUGCAAUACGAUUGGUAUCGCAGCUUCUCAUUGGAUGAUAUAUUGUUAGUUGGCGCGCAGACUGGCUCCUUCUUAUAUAACAUCUUCACAGUGAUUGCGGGUCAUUUUACAUUGCGUAGCGAUGAUAUGUUAGUGCCGCUGAAUGCACUCGCCUCCAUUGUGCAAACAGCUUGCCAAACGUUAUUCAUAUUGGAUGCUAGUCGGCGACAAGCCAUCAAACCAGAGCAUAUACGGAAGAAACCCGGACGAGAAAUUGUUACUUUCAUGUUGGUGGUGAAUCUAGCGAUGUGGGCUAUCAGUACGCUCGAGAAAUCACGCGCCGAAUCGCAUCCGAUACAGCUGAAUUUCUACGGUCUGUGGGCGUGGACGAUAAUAACGCACGUCUCAAUGCCGCUAGCAAUAUUCUAUCGUUUUCACUCAACCGUUUGCCUCUGUGAAAUCUGGAAGCGCGCGUACAAGCUCAAACCGACCUAUAUGUGAGAGUUUGCGCGCGAGCGCAUUGCAAGCAUUGCGCAACAGCAACAGUUCUGUGAAGAUCUCAAAACCAAUCUGUCGUACUGCUACUGCUCGACAACACUGGCUG